AUGUCACUGACUACAAGUGAAGCGGAGUACGUUGCGCUAAGUCUGGAGAUUCAAGAAGGCAAGUGGAUCCACCGAUCACUAUGCGAGAUCAUGGCGGCUGCUAACGAGGACGGACUCGAGCUCAUGAUCCGCAAAUUCAAACAGCUCUGCAUCAAAAUGACCAAGGAUCCAGUCAAUCACGGCCGCGCCGGACACAUUGAUAUCAAGUAUUAUCGUAUUCGCGAUGAGGUCAAGCGGGGUGAAGUGAAGCUUGAAUACUGCGAGACGACGGAGAUACUGGUAAACAUUAUGACCAAGGGACUUCACGAACCACGCCACAAGGACUUAACGGCGGCGCUAGGCAUCUGUCCGCGUUCGGUUUGA